AUGUAUGAAUUGAGAAGACCAUUAUCUGAAAAGAAUUUGGGAAGAUACAUACCAGAAUAAUCUAGACCUAGUUCAGCAACUUAAAUAAAAUAAUUAACUUAAAUGAAGAGUUCAACUUAAUUGAGCAAAUAAAAUUUUUAGAACAAAGACUAAAAAGAGAAUAUGGAAAUAAGAUCUAAUUAAUAAGAGAAUACGAAUAAAAAGACAAAUACAAAGGAAAUUUUUGAAUAUAGAAAGUUAUAAGAUAAAUUAUCAUAUUUGGAGUAAAAGAUCAUAAAUAUAAAAACUCAUAUUGAUAAUAGUUAAAGAUAAACAAAGUAAAGUUUGGCAUCAAGAUUUUUCAACACUAAAAAUAAUGAAUAGUAAUAGCAAUAAUAGUAGAAUAUAAACAAGCCAAAAAUUAGUAAAAAUGAUGUUGAUUUAAAUCAAAUGCAAAAUAAACUAAAAUCAAGUACUUUGGUGAAUGAUCCUAGAGGAGUAUAAAAUGAUAAUUUGAAUAAAAAGCCAUCUUUAUCAACAUUUGUGACAUAAUAAAAGAUUGGUAAUGAGGUGGGUGUAUAAAAGGUAAUAUAAAUUCAUCCAGAAUCAGCAAAAGGAUUAAAUUAGAGAAUAGCAUUUACAAAUAAUUAAAGAGAACGAUCAACAAGAUCAGAAACUCAAUUUCUUUAUUAUAUAUCUUCUGUGAUAAGGUGUUAUAUGACGCCAGAAAUCACAAAGCCAAUAUAAUAAGUGAGAGAACAUUUAGUUUAAUCAAUAUCAGCAGCUUAAUAUAGUAAAAUGAUGAACUCUUAGUAGUAUGAAGAGAAGAAAGUUAAUUUACCAUAAAUUUCAUUUAAAAAAACAAUAGUAUUUGAUUUAGAUGAAACUUUAAUUCAUUGUAAUGAAUCAAUAAAAGUACCAGGUGAUGUUAUAUUACCAAUUAGAUUUCCUACAGGAGAUGUUAUUGAAGUAUUCUAUAAUUAUAAUGUAUUUAGGCAUCAAUAAAUAUUAGACCUUAUGCCUAAUAAGUAUUAUAGACUUUGAGUAGACAUUUUGAAUUGAUUGUAUUCACAGCUUCACAUUCUUGUUAUGCUAAUGUUGUGAUUGAUUAUUUAGAUCCAACUAAACAAUGGAUUUCACAUAGAUUCUUUAGAGAGAGUUGUGUAUAAACUGAAGAAGGAGCAUAUAUAAAAGAUUUAAGGUAUUGAAUCAUUGUUUUUGGUUAGAGUAAUUGGAAAUAGAUAGUUAUCAGAUUUAGUACUAGUAGAUAAUGCUGCAUAUUCAUUUUGUAUUUAACAAUUAAAUGGUAUACCUAUUCUCAAUUUCUAUGAUAAUAAAUCUGAUUAAGUAUUAAUUUAUUAUAUAUUUAUAGGAAUUAUUGUAUUUAUAAAACUAUUUAAUGGCUAUGAAAUAUGCAAAAGAUGUUAGAUAGUUUAAUUAGUAAUAUUUGAAAUUGGAUAAAUUUAUAGAAUUUAAAGAUCCUAUUUAGUUAUUAGAAACAUUGUUUAAAGAGUAUAUACCUUGA